AUGUUUGUUCCGUCACCACAAACAAGUAAGUUUAGCAUGAAGACGUUUGAUAAACCAGUUUCUGCAGCUACUUUUGUUUUCUUUUUGAUCCUUUGUGAUGUAUCUCUAGCGACAAUUGAGAGAAAAAAUGAUAAUGAAAAGAGUACUUACAUUGUUCAUGUGGCCAAAUCUGAAAUGCCGACAAUAUUAAAUCAUCAUUCAAUUUGGUAUCGCUCCAUAUUGAAAUCGAUAUCUGACUCAGCAGAAAUGCUCUACCACUAUGACAAUGCGAUUCAUGGAUUUUCAACGAGAUUAACUCCCGAAGAAGCCCGAUUGUUGAAGAGUGAAAUCGGGAUUCUGAAGGUGCUGCCGGAGAAAAUAUACAAGCCACUCACAACUCGAACACCGCAGUUUCUUGGGCUUGAUAAAAUCAAAGACAUGUUUCCUGAAUCAAACGCGACGAGUGACAUCAUUAUUGGACUCCUCGACACUGGUGUUUGGCCUGAAAGCAAGAGUUUUGACGAUGUCGAACUAGGACCCGUUCCUAUGAGUUGGAAAGGCAAAUGUGAAUCAGGUCAGAAUUUCAGUGCCGCCAAUUGCAAUAGAAAACUAAUAGGAGCUAGGUUCUUCUUGAAAGGCUUCGAGGCCUCAGUGGGUCCCCUUAAUGCAACGCAGUUUAGAUCACCACGAGAUUCUGACGGCCAUGGCACCCACACUGCAAGCACAGCUGCAGGUUCUACAGUGAAAGAUGCGAACUUAUUUGGUUAUGCUUCUGGGGUCGCGCGUGGAAUGGUCCCACGCGCUAGAAUUGCUAUCUAUAAGGUUUGUUGGCAAGAUAAUUGUGUUGCUUCUGAUAUACUGGCGGCAAUGGACGCAGCCAUCUCUGAUAAUGUCAAUGUCAUUUCAGCGUCACUCGGAGGACAAGCAAUUGAUUACGAUGAAGAAAACCUUGCCAUUGGAGCCUUUGCAGCAAUAGAGAAAGGGAUUGUAGUUGUAUGUGCUGCAGGAAACGAUGGUCCUACCAACUCUACUCUCCAAAAUGUAGCACCUUGGAUGAUCACUGUGGGAGCUGGCACAAUAGAUCGUGAUUUUCCGGUAUAUGUCAAACUCGGGAAUGGACAGAACUACUCUGGAGUUUCAAUCAGUGAUGGCAGUUUUCUACCUCGUACAUUGGUGCCACUCAUAUACGCUGGAAAUGCAAGCGUAAAAGUAGGUGCAGAGUUGUGUCUGACAGAUAGCUUGGAUCCAGAAAAGGUUAAGGGAAAAAUUGUGUUCUGUGAUCGUGGAAAUAUUUCAAGGGUGGAGAAAGGGCUUGUGGUGAAAUCUGCUGGUGGUGUGGGCAUGGUGUUAGCCAAUGCAGAAAUUGAUGGAGAGGAAUUAGUGGCGGAUGUCCAUCUUUUGCCAACAGCUGCAGUGGGUUUCAAAACCUCCAAAGCCAUUAAGAUGUACCUGCAACAGACACAAAAUCCAACAGCUACACUUGUGUUCCAGGGAACUGAGGUUGGAAUUCAGCCGUCGCCAAUUGUUUCUGCAUAUAGUGCUCGAGGUCCAAACCCAAUCACACCAGAAAUAUUGAAACCUGAUUUCAUUGCUCCUGGUACAAACAUAUUAGCCGCAUUUACGCAAUAUGCAGGUCCCACAAACCUCGACCAGGAUGAUAGGCGUGUGGAUUUUAACAUAAUCACAGGAACAUCCAUGUCAUGUCCUCACGCCAGUGGUAUAGGAGCUUUGAUUAAAUCGGUUUAUCCAAAUUGGAGCCCUGCUGCAAUUCGGUCUGCGCUUGUAACCACAGCUUAUGCGUCUUACAACAAUGGUGAAAAACUAUUAGACAGUGCCACAAAUGCUCCUUCAACACCGUUUGCCGUCGGUGCCGGGCAUGUGAACCCAAUUCUCGCGCUUAAUCCAGGACUUGUUUAUGAUUUAACAGCGGAUGAUUACCUGAACUUUCUCUGUGCAUUAAACUACACACCAGAUAGGAUUGAAGCUGUGGCAAGGAGAAAGUUCAGCUGUGAUGCACAGACGCACUACAGUGUAACAAGCUUAAAUUACCCUUCGUUUGGAGUGGUGUUUAAACCAGUAGCAGGAAGCUCCGUUGCAACCAUUAUUCACGAGCGAACUCUUACCAAUGUGGGGGUUGCAGGAACAUACAAAGCAUCGGUUACGUUGGAUAUCCCAUCUGUGAAUAUCACUGUUGAGCCAAACGUGUUGAGUUUCAACAAAAAUGAGAAAAAAUCAUACAAGAUGACAUUUACAACUCCGAAUCCGCCAACACGAAGGCAAGUUGGUUUUGGACGUUUAGAAUGGUCAAAUGGAAAAACUAUAGUCGGAAGUCCUAUUUCAAUUAUCUGGGAAUAA